UCGUGCUGUUCCCUUCAAUGGGAAAUUUGCAUCGAUUUUUCCGUACAAAUGGAAAGAGCCUCUAUUAUUGAAAGUAGUGUAUUGUCGAAGAAAUAAUCCAGUGCUAUUAUUUUAAAAUGGUUGUCAUAACAGAGGACAUAUCGCUGGGAAAGGAGAAAGUUAAAGUUUCAGUGGUAAAUGAACUUGAUGACAGCAUACCUACCGAAUUUGGGUAUACUCCAGUAUGCAUCAGUGGGCCAAAUGUUAGUGAGGCAUUUAAUUCUCCAUUUUAUCCUGGAUGUGGAUGUCAUCAGACAAUGUGCACAAGAGACAAAUGCCCCUGCAUACAGAGUUAUGGACCGUCUUACAAUGAAGAUGGAUGCCUUCAAAUCUUCAAUCGACUAACUGAGUUUUGCCAACCAGUGUUUGAAUGCAACAGUCGCUGUUCUUGCUCCAAAUCUUGUCAGAACAGAGUGGUUCAGAAUGGACAACAUCUUCAACUUCAAGUUUUUAAAACCAAACUCAAAGGAUGGGGCUUAAGGACUUUGGAAAACAUAAAAAAAUUUACUUUUGUGUGUGAAUAUGCUGGUGAGCUUAUUUCAAUCAAAGAGGCUAAAAUGCGUGCUCAGGAAUUGACUCAUGAAACUGGGAAUUAUUUGAUUGUUCUCAGAGAACACAGUUCAAAUGUCAACCAAAUUCUAAGAACUCAUGUAGAUGCUCAUUUCCAUGGUGGCGCAUCGCGGUUUAUCAAUCAUUCAUGCAACCCUAAUCUGGUAAUGGUACCAGUGAGAGUUGAUUCCAUUGUUCCACAACUGGCUCUCUUUGCAGCUAGAAAUAUAGACAUUGGAGAGGAACUCUCCUUUGACUAUUCAGGGGAAUUUGAUCACUGGCACUCACAUGAAAUAAAAGUUGAAGUGCAUGAAUUGAAAUCUCUGCAAGAACAAGGGAAGGAGCCAAAAAGUUGUCAAUGUGGUGCACUGAACUGCAGAGGUUAUCUUCCCUUUGAUUCUUCUCUGUAUUCCUCUGAGAGCCACCUGCCAAUCAGACCAGGGAAUAGCUAACUGAAGGCAGGCACAUGGGAAGAUUGGAAUCAAUAAACCUCUACAGCUGGUAAGCUUCAGUUACCAAACUGGAUAAGUCAAUGAAGAAAGAAUGGAGAAAUUCUGUCAGACUGAGUGAUGUACAAAAAAAAUUAGUUGAGUUACUGUAAGUGACUAUUGCCCUACUGAUUGCAAAUAAAUCAAACAUGUUGCAAACUUUCCUUUUUUUUCUUUGAAAAAGUAGAGAAUUUAUUUGAAAGCUAGGCUUCAAAAACUCCCGUAAAAGUAAACCUUUUUUCAUAGAAUGAAUAUAACAACAAGUCACAAGGGGAGAAUAAUAAUGAAGAAUUAUAGAGAUGUCUUUUAAUGCUGUACAAAUAAGCCCAUGAUUAUGUUGCAGAGAAUUGCAUCUUAUAUCAUUGCUGCAGCUCUACUACAAGGAACCAGGAACCAAAAAUUAAUUAAUUGAGCUCAAGUACGCUGAAAUUUU